UGGAAAUGUAUGAGACUGGGGAUUUGAAAAUGGACAUUGAUGAUGAUACAGACUUAAAAGAGGAAGUAUUAAAAGAAAUUUCAUGUGACAAAAUCAACACUCCUAAUGACGAGGCCCGCACAAAGAGAAUAUACGAAAAAAAUGACAUCCUGAUGGAAUACAUGAAAAGACAAACAACUACUUCAGACCAAAAAGAAUAUAUUGAUAAACAUUUCACACAAAUGUUAACUACAUUAGAAGCAAUGGCCACUACUUCGCAGAUACCAGGGAAGUGAAGAUCACGUUUAAAACCAUAACUGGAAUUGUGCAAACAUGGAAGUAAAACUCCCUGAAUUAUCAAAAUUACCAGAAGAUAUAUUAGAUGUAAAGAACGUUGUAGGGUGUAAAAUCAAAUCAGAUGAGUUCCUUUUCCAGAGUGGAAAAAUCACUUGGGCGGACAGUAAAUUUGAAAUUUUACCUUCCAAACAAAAGUUGACCUCAUACAAGCUAAUAAGGAUCAAGACAAAAGAGGAGUUCCUCCAGGACUCAGUAGCUGGUUGUGUAAUAAAACAGUUGGUCCCUUUUGUCAGCAUUUCUCGUGAGCCUAGGAUAGAAAACAUGGUAGCAGAAUUGGAGAAAGAAGAUUGUACUUUAUCUUUUUCACAGGAAAGAGGCGCAGUUGAAGAACUAAACAGUACAAAGUGUGAUCAACCACUGAAAAAGUACACCUGUGAUAUUUGCAACAAAUCUCUCACUGACAAGAAAAAUUUGGCUGCACACAUGUGCACACAUUUAGGAGUCAAACCAUAUCCCUGUGAUGUAUGUGGUAAAAGUUUUAACUCACAGAACGCUAUGAACAAACACAAACGUCGAGUUCACGAAGGGUUUAAACCAUUUACAUGUGAUGUCUGUAAUAAAUGCUUUUAUACAAUGGCCAUUUUGAUUGUUCACAAACGAGUUCAUUCAGGGUUGAAACCUUAUCAAUGCACCCAUUGUGAUACAAGGUUUUCCCAACGGUCAGGUUGGGUAGAACAUUUCAAAACAAAGCACGAUGAAUAUAAGAGGUUCUACUGUGGAGUAUGUGGCAGAGGUUUUUAUCGCAAGAGGUACUUAAAUGAUCACAUGCGCUCCCAUACAGGAGAAAAGCCCUUUCUUUGCAGACAUUGUGGGAAAGCGUUUGCUAGUAGAGCUGGUUUGAACAAUCACAAAAUCAAGCACUCAGGUGAGAAAUUUUGUUGUGAACACUGCUCUCUGAUUUUGUCAAGCAAAUCUAGUUUAGAAUUACAUAUAAAAAGACAUUUCGCAGUAAGAAACCUACAGUGUACCCAUUGCAUGGUGUUUUUUAAAUGUAAACAGACAUUACUCAAACAUCAACUUUGCCAUUUGAAGACAAGACCAUUCAAGUGUGAGGUUUGCCAGAAAGCUUUUAGAACUAAGAGCAGUCUCAAUUUACACAAAAGGCUACAUUUAUUAUUUAGAAGGUUCCAAUGUGAUUUGUGUGACAAAGCUUUCAACCAGCAAAUGGCUUUGAUGGAUCAUAAAAAUAUUCAUUGUGGCGUGAAACCAUUCAAAUGUGACAUCUGUGGUGAAUCAUUCACCAGAAAAUGCUCUUUGGUGGUCCACUCUCGCAGGCACUCUGGAAUAAGACCUUUUAAGUGCAAAAUUUGUUGCAAAGAUUUUACUUCGAAAUCUGUGUUGACAACUCAUGAAAAAAUUCACUCCAUGAAGUUUACUUGUGAUAAGUGCAGAGUUGAGUUCAGCCAAAAGUAUGAUUUGUUAAAGCAUCAACAGAUGCACUCUGGGGUGAUGUCAUUUGUGUGUGACAUCUGUGGAAAGUCUUUCACUCAGAAAGGAACUUUGACUGAGCACAAACGUUUGCACUCUGAGGACAAUCCCUUUGCUUGUGACUUAUGUGACAAACGUUAUACAAGAAAGGGUCAUUUAAACAGGCAUAAACUGAUUCAUUCAACAGAAAAUAAAUAAUCCUGAGUGAUAAGAUAGUAGGAUUAUAAAAUAUUUUGUGAAAAGUGCCUUGUUAGUGAAGUGUUUAAAGUGUAAUAUUCACAGAAAUAUCACAAGAUAAUCCCAAAUUACACUUCAGUCAUCUUAAAACUCUUUAAGACCAGUACUGACAUGUUGGCUCUUGUACUCAGUAAUCAAAUGUGCUUUUAUUAAGUAGUUGAUAAUAUUUAUAGCACAAAUUAUAAACUGAUAAUAUUUGGUAGGGGCGCACUGGCAGUGAUGGAGGGGAGUGAACGGGUCCUGUUCUUCCCUCGAGGAGCAUUAUAUUUCAAACUCUUUCAUCACCUACUAGUCUUUUUUCCCAUAAAAAAUUACUUUUUUAUGGGAACUUUAUCAUCAAUCAUAAUCAAAUAUAUAAAUUCAAACUUUAUAACAAUUUUAAUUUACAAAGUACACCGCAUUGCAUUUAUAAUAAUUCAAUUGUUCUCAAAGUACUAAAUAUUUUAAUUUUACCGUCACAACAACAAUGAAAAUGAGGUUAGCUUUUACUCUAUUGUAGCAUGUAGCUGUAUUGAGUACUCCCAGUAACCGAGUUCAAAAUGUAGUCAUACUGAUUUUGAAUCGUACGUUACAGAAUACUUCUAAAAUUGUUGUUAUAUGUUCCAGUUACUAUUACUGCUGAACAAGUCCAAGUUCUUUGUACAAGAAACUAUGUUGUAUAAAAUAUCUGUAUCAUAAUAGUACCUGUAACAGUAACCUGCACCCAUACAUUGGAGACUGCUGGAAAUUUAAUGAAUACAAAGUUACAGCAAAACACUUGGUAGUUGCAUGAAAAUUUAAAAUUAAAUUUGAACAUUUCAUGUAUGAUUUUUGCAUACUUUUGGUUUACUGAAACGGGUACUGUCGAGAUUACCUUGUACAAAGUAUUUAUACAGUAGUCCCAACGUAAUCAGUUGUCAACGUAGUGAGUGUGUCGCCAGAACUCUGAGCAGUUAUGUGUGUGUGAGCAGUGUUUGUUAUCUUUCGUUGUCACCUAGAGGCAACAUUGUCCUGGGCAGUCUGACAAUUUGCGCAUUUAAAUAAGCAGAUAGAUGCCAGCCAGGGGAAUACCCCAAGAUAAUGACUUAAAAGCUUCAUAACUGACCAAUGGCAAUUUUUGGACCACCCAAGAUUCACAUUUAUGAUCAGUAAUUUAAUAACAAUUCAUUUCAUUUAAUUCUGAAACUUAUAUUACAUACAGUACUCAAUUACAGUACAUUUUUACGAAUCUUGUAUAAAAACUUUUCUUGUUUAAAAAAUCAAAUCACAAGUUUCCUAGUUAUGAUGUUCAAAGAUGCAGGUUGAUUUUAAAGCGUGAUUGUUAGUAAAUUAUUUGUUUUAUACAUUGAAACACAAAAAUAAACAUGCUAAACUCCUGUUAUUGUAGCUUUAUUAGUUAGUUUGUGGUCAACUUUCACACUGGGGUAUCUAUACUUUUGAUCAGAGAUUCAGCUUUGAUCUUGAUUUGUGCCUUACACCAUUUAAACUUAACUGUUCAUAAAUGUAAUUAUAACAUUUGAUUUAUUUAAAUACAUUUUAUAUGAGCUGCAAUGAAGAAAGGAACGGUAAGUCUUUUGUUAGUGAUGACUCAUUGAAUGAAGUGAAUGAAAAAUGUAGUGAGAAUUGUUAACAAUUACAGAAUUGUCUUUUACACGUGAUAUUGAGAGACAAAUUAGGCUACCAAAAGUUUUUGCUCAUUGGGUACCAAAACUGCUUACUGACUACUGCAAGAUAAAAAGACUGUUAUAAACUUUCUUUCUCCGUAUAGCUUUGAAGGAGCUGUUUUGGAUAUGAUUGUUACUGGUGAUAAGAUUUGGGUUGCCUAUAUGAGCGGUGGCAUGCAUCUUAGUGGUUUGCUGAUGACGAAGAACUUCAAAACACCAUGACUGGUUGGUUACAUUUAGAGUGGUGGCAGAUUUUUAUGCUGAGGGUAUUUUAAAAACUGUUUUAAGAUUAUGACAAGUGCUUGAAUACUGUUUAGGGACGAGUAUAAAAAUACAGAAAUGUUAUCAGAUGUAAUAAAAUUGUUUUAUCUUCA